CUCUGGGUUGGCAAAAAGUGCCAGAGUGGAGCACUGGGAAUGUGUUCCGGUGCGGAUUCAGAGGAAGCCCGGCGCCUGGCCGCCUGUGUGAAGGGCCCUACAGCUCCCUGACUUACUGUCUCUGGUUGGAGUUGAACGUUAUCCUCCGGGGUCCCAGCGCAGCCAAGAGAAUCUCAGGAGCAUUUCUUAUCCUCCGUCAUGGUCAAGGUAAUGAUUUGCAAAAACUUGGGCCUGAAACCUGGAGCACGCAUAAAAUUGGUGGGAGUCCUAUCAUCUUAUGUCAAGAAGCUCUGGAACCCAUGACAAAGAUGAAGACUGGUUCUCAUUUCCCAGAUUUACUAUAGUGAUGGGGAAAGAUGAGAAGAACCUUGCCAUGUACUUCAGCCCUCAAUACAGCUUUCUUUAUGGAAAACAUGUGAUUGUCUGCAAGAACUUGCAUGAUGGCAAUUGGGGCAUGGAAAAAACAGAAAUAUACUUCCCCUUCACACAUGGGGCUUCUGUGGAGAUUCCCAUAUACUUUAAUGGCAAGUUCUUUAUGGUGACGCUGCCUGAUGGCUAUCCAGUGGGGUUCUCAAAUUGCUGUGAGACAACAAUGGUCGACUUCUUGGCAGUUUAUGGUGACAUCAGAAUCACCUCCCUGGACUUCCAGUGAGCCCUCCAAUCAAGACUGGUUCAGACCAUUCUGGCCCCUUAGG